AUGUCUGCACUUCGAAAGAAAUUUGGGGACGAUUACCAGGUAGUGACCACCUCAUCCAGCGGGUCCGGGUUCAGCCAGCCUCCCCCGGAGAAGAAGAAGAAGAGGCAGCGUUUCGUGGACAAGAACGGGCGGUGCAACGUCCAGCAUGGGAACCUGGGCGGGGAGACCAGCAGAUACCUCUCAGACUUGUUCACCACACUGGUAGACCUGAAAUGGCGGUGGAAUCUCUUCAUUUUCAUCCUCACCUACACAGUGGCCUGGCUUUUCAUGGCCUCCAUGUGGUGGGUCAUAGCCUACAUCCGGGGAGACCUGAACAGAGCCCACGAUGAGAAGUACACCCCGUGUGUGGCCAACGUCUACAACUUCCCCUCGGCGUUCCUGUUCUUCAUAGAGACCGAGGCCACCAUAGGGUACGGCUACAGGUACAUCACGGACAAAUGUCCCGAGGGGAUCAUUCUCUUCCUGUUCCAGUCCAUUCUGGGCUCCAUCGUUGAUGCCUUUCUGAUCGGCUGCAUGUUCAUUAAGAUGUCUCAGCCCAAGAAAAGGGCCGAGACCCUGAUGUUCAGCGAGCACGCAGCUAUUUCUAUGCGAGACGGCAAACUAACUCUCAUGUUCAGGGUGGGCAACCUGCGCAACAGCCACAUGGUCUCCGCACAGAUCCGCUGCAAACUGCUGAAAUCUCGCCAGACGCCCGAGGGCGAGUUUCUUCCGCUGGAUCAGUUGGAGUUGGAUGUGGGUUUCAGCACCGGGGCAGACCAGCUCUUUCUCGUCUCGCCACUCACGAUCUGCCAUGUGAUUGACACCAAAAGCCCCUUCUACGAACUCUCCCAGAGGUCCAUGCAAACGGAGCAGUUUGAAAUUGUGGUGAUACUAGAAGGGAUCGUGGAGACCACAGGGAUGACUUGCCAAGCGAGGACAUCUUACACAGAGGACGAGGUUCUUUGGGGACAUCGUUUCUUUCCUGUCAUCUCCCUUGAGGAAGGCUUCUUCAAGGUGGACUACUCUCAAUUCCACGCCACAUUUGAGGUGCCCACCCCGCCGUACAGCGUGAAAGAGCAGGAGGAGGCGCUGCUCCUCUCCUCGCCCCUCAUGGCACCAUCCCUGUGCAACAGCGGGGAGAAAAACAGCUCUCUGGACUGCCUGGAGACCUUGGAGGACAUGGAGAGCACCACCAAGCUGCCCACCAAGCUCCAGAAGAUGACGGGUCGCGACGGCCUGCCCAAGAAGCUGCUGAGGAUGAGCUCCACCACCUCGGAGAUGACCUACAGCCUCGGAGACCUGCCAAUGAAGCUGCAGCGCAUCAGCUCCGUCCCGGGAGUGUCCGAGGACAAGCAGGCCGGCAAGGGACCCAAGAUCGGCACGGAGCCCAUGAGCAAGUCGGUGGCGGACUUACCUCCCAAGCUGCAGCGGCUGGCUGGGGGGGGAGGGGGCAGGAUGGAUGGACAUCUGCCUCCAAAACUCAGAAAGAUGAAUUCGGACCGCUUCACGUAA